GCCCAUGCCAACAUUGUUUUGCCAUCACAAUAAAGUGUAACCCACAUUGUUGUGUUGGGAAUUAUUUGAUGGCUCUGUGAGUCCAUGUGAGUUACUCUCAUCAAGUGCAUGCACAUUAUUGUCUCUGAAAACUAAGGUAUCUCACUUUUCAGAGGGAAGUAACUUAAUUAUGUCGUACCUCGGCAAAGACAGACACGAUGGAUUGCCGAAAUUAAAUGGCCACAGAUCUAUGGACCGUAAUUUGACGCUUUUGGAAGACGAAAUUGAGAGGCUUCGUUUCAGUCGGUCAGCCCCACCUGCCGGACGGUCUAGUAGCCGGCCAAAUAGCCCAGGACUAGGCCUAGGGAGUCCUCAACCAAGUGGCUUUCAAACGAAAAAAAUGAUACAGGAUUUGCAUGAUCAAGUAAAACUUUACAAAUCGGAACUUGAUAAGAAAGAUAAGUUGAUCCAGGACUUAUCAAGGGUUGAGUCAUCGACUCCAUACCGGAGGGUACAUUUUAGCCCAGAGGAUAAGUAUUCAACAAUUUAUCCUACUGAAGUCAUCUCUUCCCACGAUCACACAAGUGACUCUCUCCGGCAAGAUGUAAGCAUUUUGCAAUUGAAGAAUGACCAAUUGAAGAGUGAGGUGCGAGAUUAUCAGAGUCGUAUUACCUCCCGUGAUGAACAGAUUGAUGAAUUAAAAGUUGAAGUGAACAAGUACAGAGAGAGCAGCGAUCGUAAUGCUGCCCUCGUGCUGACACUCCAAGGGCGCAUCCAGGAACUAAAGGACAAAAACGAUAUAUCCGUACGUGGAGAGUUCACUAUCGGCUCGCUGCAGAAGGAAAACAACAAUCUUCAAGAGAAGAUUCUUGAGCUGGAACGUAGGAUACGCAACCUUAUUGAGGGAAGGGAAGGUGCGGAGAGGAAACUAGAAUCAUGGGAUAGGCAAUUCCAUAGUAUGUUCUUGCAGCUCAAAGAUGUUGCAUCUGUUGAGGACAGAACACCGGAAUAUAUGACAUCAAAGAUCAACGAGGUCGUGCAGGAGAACCUCACGCUGCGAGGGAAAGUUAGUACCCUCUCAGAAGCACUUAGCAAUCUUGAGCUGGAAUCUAAAGCUGGACGAGAGACUAUCCAGCGGCUGGCAGAAGAGAUUAGCAGAGAGCAGAAGCAGUCAACGUCUUCGCUCAGCUCAGUCGAAAAAAUGCGAUUGGAAAAAAACAGUGCAAUUCAAGCAAAAACUGAACUUGAGCGAGAGAACAAACUUCUCCGAGAACGUUUCAAUGCCGACAAAAAAGCAUGGGAGCUUACCAGAGAAGAGUUAAAACAACGUGAAUCCCGUCUCGCUGAGUAUGGUCACACUAAAUCAACGUUGGAGUUCGAGGCCCAAGUGGCUAAGGCUGAGCUGAAGUCUUUGAAGGAGUCCUUAGCAGCAGUGUUAUCGUGUGAGCCUACAGAAGAGAUUAUCCGGUCUCACAUCAAGAAAAUACAUGCCAACACAACUGAGCGACAAAGUUUUAUUGAUGUACUUGAGGCUAAGGUAAAGAGUCUAACAGAGCAGCUCCAUAACCAAGUAGACCUACACCACUCCACCAUCAAGAGAGCAAGGGAGGCAGAGGAUAAUUUGGGAGACUUUAAAGUGAGGAUUCGAACUAUGGAAGAUGGUUUAAACACUGGUGAAGUACUGAAAGACACUCUCCGUGCUGAGCGGAAAAAGUACAUGGCUUUCAUUGAAAAAAUGUGCCGAGUCCUAAAUAUGGAUGUGAUUGCUCUUGACGUUGGAUUCGACCUCUGCACAGAUGCUGUUUUAGCACGCGCCGAACAGGUAAUGCGAAAAGAGGCAGACACAAUCACAGACAAGACAACUCAUGUGUACAAUCUGCAGCGGAAGUUGAAGACGAUGAAGCAGCAGGUAGAGAGCAAAGACUUACACAUUGAUUUGUUGAGGAAGAAGAUUUGCACUCAGGAGGACAGCUUACAUGGAAGGUCUGCCUUGGAAAAGGAAAAGGAUGAUAUCUUUAUGGGAAAAAAGAAACUUGAAAAAGAGAAUGACCGUCUGCGAGGUCAGCUUGGUUCUGCCAGACAAGCCAUUGCAAUGCUAAAGGCUAAACUGAUGGACAUCGGGGAGGUCAAGGUUGAAAACAUGGCCCAGGGUGAUCAGAUUGAAGCACUUUGCAAAGAGCUAACAAAACUUGAGAAGACUAAAGAAAGACAGGCACGGAAAAUAGCAGGAAUGAAAAACGAGAUUGAAUUUACUGAACAUGAAGCGCAUGAAAAGAAAUCGCAUGCCGAACGAUCGGUUACCGCCCUUGUGGAAGAAUUACGCGCAACAAAAGCACUACUCAUUGAUAUCCAAAAACGAGAGCGGCAACUUCUCGACUUCCGUCAAGUAGUUGCACGUAUGCUGAGCUUGGAUGUUACUGUUCUUGCUGUCCCGGAUUACGAGAUCAUCACUCGCUUGGAGAAACUCAUCCAGGCACAUCACUCGCAUUCUCUAACAACGCACUCAUUAGAGAGAAGCAUUGGGCAAAUGGAAAGGGGGUUUCGUGAGGGGUAUGAGGAUGCCCAGGCUAUACUGAACACGCCACGGCGGUCAAGAACAAGAUCUCUGUCACCCUCAAGACGUAGAAACAUUCACCAAGUUCAGACAUACUGAGUUAUGUGUGGUAGAAGAAGUCUGAAGUAAUAAAAAAGAUUUUUUUAAAAUUAUUUACUAUGAAGGGUUUGAAUUUUGAACGGCUGAAUAUCGCAUUUUAUUAUUUUUUCAUGGUUUAUCAUCUUUUUCAAACACAAAUAUUAAUACUACAUCUCAAUUUUAUGUUUAAGACGUAUAUUUCUGUUUGAAUUAGAUUGAUAAUUAUGAAUCACUUUACAAAAACAAAGAACCAGUAAGUAAAAUAAGUGUGUGGAUAUUUAAAUGCUUUCUAUGUAAUUGUGCGACAUUUAAGACUUUCUUUUCAUUUUUUACAGUUUUUAGAACUUAAUUUUCAUAUGGAAGAAUAUUUAUAGAGAAGGUAGUGUCUUUUAGGAUAAGAGGCGAUUGUGUAUAUAUUAAAAUGUAACUACUUGUUAAAUUCCCUUUAUAUUUUGUCAUAGAAUUUUAGCGACCAUAAAUAAAUUAUAUCGGUUUUACCAAUCCAGGCUUUUGUAUAGAUGCAAAUAUAAUGUCUUUUAUUUUAGAGUUAAAGUAAAUAUUUGUGCUUUAGUGAUGUAUAAAUAUUUGGAUUUACGCUUUUACAAAUCUGGAUGAAUCAGUAGUAUUUAGCCCAGUGGUGUAACAGCAAGAGUCAUGGGACCCUCAGGUGAGUGUUGAGGCCCCAUACAUUUUAGUAAUCAAUAUACGAGGGUCACAAAAUCGGCCAAGGAGCCCUUUGAAUUGAUAGGCCUCCUAUAAAAGAAGUGCGAGUCCAUGUAAGGAUAUUCUUGGGUUAAAACCUAGGAGUUACAUUGUUUUCAUGUGCUAGUUCUGGGUUACUAGACCGUAAUGUGAAGGCUUUGUUAGAAGUAUGAGUAGUGGGCCCCUUGACUGAGAGCCCAUAGGCGUUACGCCACUGACUUAGCAAUGGAAGGUAGAACUAAACAUGCAUUCAUCAAAUUGACAUAGAUGUUUAAGUAGCAUUUAUAAACACAGUUUCUCAAUAUCCAUCCCCAGGUAAGGAUAAAUAAACAUACAUUAAUCUUGGCCAAUCCAAGAAUUUGUAUGCUCAGGAUAUUUGCCUUUACCUUUAGGUACAGAAGGAUAAACUCAAAAAGUGAUAUAAAUAAAUGUAAUUGCUACUAUUCUGCUAGCGGACUAAACGGGUACAUUAUGGAUGUUUAAAUGAUGAUAUCAAUAUAUGUAGUUUGAGACUGUUGUCAUAGUAUAAAAUAAUUAGUUGUCAUAUAAUAUAAAACUCCUUGUUCGCUUUGAAGCAUCAAGAAGACUAAUUAGUUAAUUAGAUUUAUUAUCCAGUAACAGAGGUUGCACCAGUGGGGGUGGCCAGGCAUCGGAGAGCUCCACCUUGAACCGUCAGGAAGAAAAACCUUGGAUGACUUCCAAGAGAUUUUGAGCGACACCUGACCACACCCACUAAUGUUGGGACAUCGGGCUCCACCAUUGAGCAAAUACUGGUGCCACCCCUGAUUUAGAUUGCAAACAAUCUUACAACUCUAUUAAGAAAAUGGUUUCUUCUGUGAGUCACAUUGCAUUCUGGGAGAAAGCUGAGGAACUGCCCCGCCCCUUGGAUAUUGUUGCUAAGUGUGUAUGCGAGACGCACAUAUUCCUAGCCCUGCUCUGAUUGGUCAGUUUUUAAAUUUGAUUGACACACCGGAAAGAUCCGUUUGACCUAUUGUUCAUUCAAAUAAUUGUUGUUUCUUGGAUCAUGCUUAACAAGAUUAGUAAAAAGUUAUUUGAAAGUAAUACUGUAGGGUAUUAGUAAUAAAUUAUGAUAUGUGUUUCAAUUCUCAAUGAUCAUGUGAAGUGUGCCAAUUACUGUCCUGGGAAUCAGUCAUGUGAUUUAAAAUAUUGAACCAAUCAAAUUUAAAGAUAUACUGUCUGUGUUGGGAUAAUAGGCUUUAACUAUAGCCCCACUUCCUUUCAAACUUAUGUAAAUGUGCGUGUUUAUGGGGCAUGUGCAUAUUUCUGGCUAUUGAAUACUGUGUUCUGAUUGGUCAGUUGUUAAGUUUGAUUGGCGCUUAGAAAGAUCCAUGAAUUUGUCCAUACUUUACCGGAGACAGUAUAUCUUUAAUGUUUGAUUUUGUAUGUCACUUGUAACGUAUGCCGUGCAUACAUGCUUUUAGCCUUUGCAACGUGCGCAGUUUCUGUAAAAUUUACUUCUACUGUAUCAUUUUGUUCAUAGAAAUAAAGUCUUUUCUAGAAUAAUU